AUGUCUGGCGCACAAGGCAAAAAGCAAGAUCUUUCUCAGUAUAACUAUGGUGCCAUUUCAUCGCUUGUUCUCACGGCGGACCGGUCUAUACUCCCUCGUAGAGACCGAGAACCAGAUGGUGCGCCUACUUCACUGGCUGGUCGCAUAGAUCCACGAGAAAUGGGUUCCCGUGUCGUCCGGGAGACUCCCAAGGACGUAGACAAGAAGAAAAAGAAGGCAGCGGACCGUCAAGAUCCUUCAGAAAAGGCUGUAGCUAAACGCAAGGCCGACACAGUUGGGUUUGGAUAUGCGGACAUCAUUGAAGCGACGCAGGAUGUGGAGGGUCUGACGUACAGACCGCGGACUGCUGAAACGCGUGAGGUCUAUGAACUCAUCUUGUCUUCUGUUCACACCACUCUUGGUGACCAGGCUCAAGACAUUGUUCGAAGCGCUGCCGACACGGUGCUAGAGUCGUUGAAGAAUGAGGGUAUGAAGGACUUUGACAAGAAGAAGGAGAUAGAAGAGGUCAUCGGACCUAUAACCGGUGAACAGUUCUCUCAGCUCGUCACUCUGUCGAAGAAGAUCACCGACUAUGGCGCUGAGGACGAGACAAUGUUGGAUCCUGACAUGGAGCGAAAGGAUGCAGAGAUUGAUGAUGAGGUCGGUGUCGCUGUAGUCUUCGAUGAGGAGGAGCAAGAAGAAGAAGACGAGGAAGGGUUUGAAAUCAGAGAUGAGUCGGACGACGACGAGGAAGAAGACGGGGAUGGUGAUGCCGUGCCUCAGGAAGGGGGCGAAGUUGGCGAAGAGGCGCUGGUCAUUGGCGGCGAAUCGUCAAAGUCCGGAAAAUCCAAGGCCGACAAGGACAUCGUCUCCCCGCACUCCAUUGACGGUUUCUGGGUGCAGAGACAGAUCGCUGAAGUGUACUCAGACCCGGUCACCGCUGCCGACAAAGCUUCCUCGGUACUUUCUAUUCUCGGCUCAGAGUCCAACCUUCGUGACUGUGAAAAUCAACUCAUGGAGCUUUUCGACUAUCAGAGUUUUCAUAUCACGACAAAAUUCCUCAAAAACCGCGACAUCAUUAUCUGGUGUACCAAGCUCAUGCGGAGUGACGCGGAUGAGCGUGUCAACGUAGAAGUUGCUAUGCGCGAAAAAGGUGUGGGCUGGAUUCUUCGCGAACUAGCGGGGGAUCGUCAGACGAAGGCGCGCCCAUCAGAUGCAAUGGACGUCGAUGAAACCAAGCCCGAGGUGCCCAAGACUGCCACAUUGGCCCCUGGCACGACGGUCCAGCCAAAGCGAACUGUGGAUCUGGAGAGCAUGGCCUUCAGUCAGGGUGGUCACCUCAUGUCCAACAAAAAGUGUAAACUCCCUGACGGCUCCUUCAAACGAGCCAAGAAAGGCUACGAAGAGAUUCACGUCCCGGCUCCGAAGCAGAAACCUGUUGUUGAAGGCGACCUGGUUCCCAUAUCAGAUAUGCCACCUUGGACUCGAGAAGCGUUUACCGUUCCCAAACUUAACCGCGUUCAGAGCAAACUCUACCCUAUUGCGUUUGGCACCGAUGAGCCCAUUCUACUUUGCGCGCCUACUGGUGCUGGAAAGACCAAUGUUGCUAUGCUUACGAUUCUGAAUGAGUUGUCUAAGUAUCGUGACGAGGCUACCGGCACUUUCGACCUUGAUGCAUUCAAAAUCAUUUAUGUUGCUCCCAUGAAGGCAUUGGUCCAAGAGAUGGUUGGCAACUUCACCGCUAGGCUCAAAGUGUUUGGUAUCAAAGUCGGUGAACUCACGGGCGACUCCCAAAUGACGAAGCAACAGAUUGCCGAGACGCAGAUCAUCGUCACCACUCCGGAGAAGUGGGACGUUGUGACGCGUAAAAGCACUGACACUAGUUAUACGAAUCUCGUUCGCCUCAUCAUCAUCGAUGAAAUUCAUCUGCUUCAUGAUGAACGUGGUCCGGUACUGGAAAGUAUCAUCGCACGAACGAUCCGCCGCAUGGAGCAAACUAACGAGUAUGUGCGUCUUGUUGGGCUAUCUGCCACACUCCCCAAUUAUCAAGAUGUAGCCACUUUCCUUCGCGUAGAUGAAUCGAGGGGACUCUUCUACUUCGACGCAUCGUACCGACCUUGCGGGCUGCAGCAACAGUUCAUCGGAGUUACCGAAAAAAAGGCGAUCAAGCGGUACCAAGUGACGAACGAAGUCUGCUACGAGAAAGUCCUGGACCAGGCUGGAAAGAAUCAAACUCUAGUUUUUGUGCAUUCGCGAAAAGAGACCGCGAAAACAGCGAAGUUCUUGAGGGAUAUGGCCGUGGAGAAGGAGACCAUUACUCAGUUCGUCAAAGCCGAUGGCGCUACGCGGGAAAUUCUGACGGAAGAAGCCAACAACGUCAAGGAUUCCAACCUUCGCGAUCUCCUUCCUUUCGGUUUCGCUAUCCAUCACGCUGGUAUGUCACGAGAUGAUCGUUCCCUGGUGGAGGAACUGUUUGCGGACGGCUCUGUUCAGGUUCUCGUGUGUACUGCAACGCUAGCCUGGGGUGUUAAUUUACCAGCCCAUACGGUCAUUAUAAAGGGAACGCAGAUCUAUAAUCCGGAGAAGGGUCGUUGGGUUGAGUUAUCUUCGCAGGAUGUGCUCCAAAUGCUCGGACGUGCGGGCCGACCUCAAUACGACACAUAUGGUGAAGGCAUCAUCAUUACCAACCAUUCCGAGCUGCAGUACUACCUGAGCUUACUCAACCAACAGUUGCCCAUUGAGUCUCAGUUCGUAUCCAAGCUGGCCGACAACCUGAAUGCCGAGAUUGUCUUGGGCACCAUCCGAAAUCGCGAUGAGGCUGUUCAAUGGCUGGGAUACACCUAUCUUUAUGUGCGAAUGCUUCGGUCACCAGGUUUGUAUGGUGUCGGUGUCGAUUACCAGGACGACGAUGUUGGUUUGAUUCAAAAACGUGCAGAUAUCGUCCACUCUGCCGCCGCCUUACUAGAGAAAUGUCAGCUGUUGAAGUAUGAGCGGUCUUCGGGGCGAUUCCAAAGCACCGAGUUAGGACGGAUUGCGUCGCAUUACUAUGUGACAUAUAAUUCGAUGAUGGUGUACAACCAGCAUCUGAGGCCGACAAUGUCGACUCUAGAACUAUUCCGUGUGUUCGCGUUGUCCAACGAGUUCAAGCUCUUACCUGUCCGUCAAGAAGAGAAGGUAGAGCUUGGGAAGCUGUUAGAGCGUGUCCCUAUUCCCGUGAAAGAAACAGUGGAGGAGCCGGCCGCCAAAAUUAACGUUCUUCUUCAGGCUUACAUCUCUCAACUGAAACUUGAUGGGUUCGUUCUUGUCGCUGACAUGGUUUUCGUUCAGCAAUCAGCUGGACGUAUUCUUCGAGCGAUCUUCGAAAUAUGUCUGAAACGUGGAUGGGCUGUCCCUGCGAAGGCAGCUCUUGACCUCUGCAAGAUGGUAGAAAAACGAAUGUGGGGGUCCAUGACGCCUCUUCGACAAUUCAAAGGUGUCCCUUCAGAAGUUAUACGAAAAGCGGAGGGUAAACAAUUUCCCUGGUAUCGGUACUUUGAUCUUACUCCUCCUGAGAUCGGUGAGCUCAUCGGGAUACCAAAUGCUGGAAAACUAGUACAUCGACUCGUUCAUAGCUUCCCUAAGCUUCAGCUUCAAGCUCAAGUUCAACCUAUCACUCGCUCCUUGCUGCGUAUCGAUCUUUCGAUCACCCCUGAUUUCCGUUGGGAUGAGAAGAUUCAUGGUGGCGCCGAAAGUUUUUUGAUCAUGGUAGAAGAUGUCGAUGGAGAGGUCAUUCUCUUUCAUGAUACCUUUGUUCUCCGCCAACGCUACGCUGAAGAUGAACACAACGUCACGUUAACGGUUCCCAUAUUUGAGCCCGUGCCUCCCAACUAUUACAUCUCCAUCAUCUCUGACCGGUGGCUUCACUCCGAAACCAGACUUCCUAUAUCAUUCAAGCAUCUCAUUCUUCCCGAAAAAUUCCCUACUCCUACGCCUCUUUUGGACCUUCAGCCUCUUCCGCUGUCAGCCCUUCACAACAAGGAGUUUGAGAAGAUCUACGCUUCCACAAUAGAAACAUUCAACAAGAUACAGACACAAGUCUUCCAAGCGCUGUAUACGUCGGACGAGAAUGUUUUCAUUGGUGCACCCACAGGCAGCGGAAAGACCGUUUGUGCCGAGUUCGCUUUGCUCAGACUAUGGAGCAAGCGCGAACAACCAAGGGCUGUUUGUAUUGAGCCAUACCAGGAAAUGGUUGAUCAGCGGGUGAAGGAAUGGCAGGGCAAGUUCUCGGGACUUCAAGGAGGCAAGGAAAUUGUCAGUCUUACAGGCGAGACCAGUGCCGAUCUGCGACUUUUGGAAAAGGGUGACGUGAUUAUCUGCACUCCCUCUCAGUGGGACGUACUUUCUCGUCGGUGGCGUCAGCGGAAGAAUGUUCAGAAUAUCGGGCUUCUGAUCGCUGACGAGGUGCAGCUUGUUGGAGGAGAGGUAGGGCCUACAUAUGAGGUCAUCAUUUCCAGGACGCGGUAUGUAUCUGCGCAAACAGAGGUAAAGACUCGCAUCGUCGCAUGUGGUGUUUCACUUGCGAACGCGCGCGAUCUGGGUGAAUGGAUGGGUGCACCUUCUCAUGCUAUCUUCAAUUUCUCGCCUAGUGCCCGACCGCUGGACAUGGAUAUUCAUCUGCAAUCAUUCACAAUACCGCACUUCCCCUCCCUCAUGAUCGCCAUGUCAAAGCCAGCAUACUUGGCCAUCGUUGAAUAUGCACCCACAAAACCCGUCAUUGUCUUUGUUCCCUCCCGGAAACAAUGCCGCCUCACUGUCGACGAUCUGCUUAUACACUGUGCUGCGGAUGACAAGCCAGACAGGUUCCUUAAUGUCGAAGUCGCAGACAUACAGGUUCACCUUGACCAUCUGCGGGAUGAAGGUUUGAAGGAGACAUUAAAGAAAGGUAUCGGCUAUUUCCACGAAGCUAUGGAUAAGCAGGACAAGCGCAUCGUCCAGCGUCUGUUUGAAAGUGGAGCUGUGCAGGUGCUCGUGGCGUCAAAGGAUACGGCAUGGUCAAUUCCUGUCGCUAGCUACAUGGUUAUUAUCAUGGGCGUGCAGUACUACGAAGGAAAGGAGCACCGAUAUGUCGACUAUCCCGUCAUGGAUGUCCUGCAGAUAAUGGGUCGGGCUUGUCGACCGAGGGACGACGAACGCAGUCGAUGCGUCCUUAUGUGUCAACAGACGAGGAAGGACUUUUAUAAGAAAUUCUUAGCAGAAGGUCUUCCUAUUGAGAGUCACCUUCCAACCCACCUGCUGCACGACUAUUUCCUGGCGGAGAUUGCAGUUAAAACCAUCGAGAACAAGCAGGAUGCUAUGGAUAUCCUCACAUGGACUUACUUCUAUCGCAGGAUGACACAGAAUCCUAACUACUAUAACCUCCAUAACGUCAGCCACCAGCAUUUGUCGGAUCAUCUUUCGGAGUUGGUUGAGAACACCUUGACCGACCUCGUCAACUCUAAGUGUAUUGCUAUCGAAGACGAGAUGGAUGUUUCCGCACUCAACCUUGGAAUGAUCGCUGCUUACUACAACAUCUCUUAUGUUACCGUCGAGGUCUACACACUAUCACUGAAGGAGCGUACGAAGCUGAAGGGUCUGCUCGAAGUUGUGUCAUCUUCAGCCGAGUUCGAAACCAUCCCUAUCCGUCGACACGAGGACGUUCUACUCAAGCGGCUGUAUGACCGCCUUCCUGUCAAGAUCGACGGGGUCAACUUUGAGGUCCCUCACUUCAAGACAUUCCUCCUCCUUCAAGCACACUUUAGUCGCAUUCAGUUACCCGCGGAUUUGGCUGCGGACCAGAAGAUCGUCCUGGAGAAAGUGUUGAACUUGCUCUCGGCGUGUGUGGAUGUCAUGUCAUCGAAUGCCUGGUUGAGUGCUUUAGGUGCUAUGGACCUCGCGCAGAUGUGUGUUCAGGCUGUUUGGGACAGAGACUCCCCUCUCAGGCAGGUGCCACACUUCGAGCCAGAGCUGAUCCAGAGGUGUAAGGAUGCUGGUAUCGAAUCUGUGUAUGAUAUCAUGGAGAUGGAGGACGACAAACGUACCGCACUUUUGCAAAUGUCUCAAGCACAGAUGCAAGAUGUUGCUACGUUCGUCAACUCGUACCCAACGCUCGAUGUCACACACGAGCUCGUUGGCGGGGGCUACACAGCCGGUGCUCCCAUCAUUCUCCAGGUUGCUCUUUCCCGGGAUGUCGACGAAGAUGGCGAAGAAGGCGACCAAACGGUAAUUGCGCCGUUCUACCCAGGAAAGAAGAUGGCAAACUGGUGGUUGGUUGUUGGCGAGCCUUCAACGCGACAACUACUGGUCAUUAAGCGGGUGACGGUGACCAGGAAUUUGGCCGUCAAGUUGGAGUUCACGCUGCCGAAGGGCAAGCAUUCGUUAAAACUAUAUGUCAUCUGCGACUCAUACGUAGGGGCGGAUCACGAUAUCGGAUUGGGCGAUAUCGAAGUUGCGGAGGGUGAAGAUUCUGACAGUGAUGAGGACGAUAGCGACGAUGCUAUGGAAGAGUGA